UCGUCACACCGAGCAGGAAAAUGUUUUUCCAAACGGAUCAAUGAAGUCUGACCAGCAGCUUCAAACAGACUUUAACCUCCAGAGCAGCAGCAGCCAUGAUCCUCAAAGUCCUCGUCAUCUUCGUCUUCAUCGUCCACGGCUGCCGACCAGCUGCAGUCCUGCAGAACCCGGGUCAGAACGUCUUCCUGGACCCGGCCAGAGCCAACGGGGUUCUGGUCCGGACCCGCAGGUACAACUCUGGCUGGUUUGAGGAGCUUCAGAAGGGAGACCUGAAGAGAGAAUGUCUGGAGGAGAAAUGUUCGUACGAAGAGGCCCGAGAAGUGUUCGAGCACACGGAGCUGACGGACGAGUUCUGGAAGUUGUACAACAUCCCAGACAGUUGUGGGUCUGCCCCGUGUCUAAACGGAGGAAGCUGUUCGGUUCAUUCUGGUUCUUACAUCUGCAGCUGCUUACCUCAAUACAGCGGAGUCAACUGUGAACUGGAGUUCCAGGACACUGAUAAAUGCGACCUGGAGAACGGAGGCUGUGAACAUUUCUGUGAGGAGGACGUGGACGGACGGAGGAUGAACUGCUCGUGUGCAGACGGAUACUUCCUUGAUGAGGACGGACGGAGCUGCAAGCCUGAAGAGACCAUAGUGUGCGGCAUGGUUCCAGUUCUUCAGGGAGAACAGAAGGAGAACCAUCUGCGGAUCGUUGGCGGUACUGAGUGUCCGCGAGGGGAAUGUCCGUGGCAGGUUCUGCUGCGCUACAAAGGCAAAGGGUUCUGUGGAGGAAUGAUCCUUAAACCCACAUGGAUCCUCACAGCGUCGCACUGCUUGGAGAACACCGAGCUCCAGUUCCUGAAGGUGGUCGCAGGAGAACACAACACGGAGAUCUAUGAAGGCAGCGAGCAGGAGGUCCAGGUCUCAGAGAUCAUCAUGCACGAGGACUACCAGCCAAGAACGGCCGAUAACGACAUCGCUCUGCUGCGUCUGGGUUCUCCCAUCGUCUUCACGCCGUUCUCCGUCCCGGCCUGCCUGCCGACCCGGUCGCUGGCCAACCGGGAGCUGUGGUUGGUCCGUCUGCACACCGUCAGCGGUUGGGGGCGUCGCAGCGAGAACGGUCCCACCUCCCACCUGCUGCGCCGCCUCCAGGUUCCCCGCAUCCGGACACAGGACUGCGUGGAGCAGAGCGGCGUGGCGCUGACCCAGAACAUGUUCUGCGCUGGGUACCUGGACGGCCACCAGGACUCGUGUAAAGGUGACAGCGGUGGUCCGCUGGUCACCCGCUACAAGAACACUACGUUCCUGCUGGGCAUCGUCAGCUGGGGCAAGGGAUGCGCCCGACCAGGGAACUACGGCAUCUACACCCGCGUCUCCAACUACCUGGACUGGAUCCACAGCCACACCGCAGCCACAGAACCACCCAGGAACUACACCCAGGCUCCGGCAGCCAACGGAACAGGCUGAGGGAUGGAAGAGAACCCACUAAUGAUCCGUUAUUGACUGUUCCUGAUCGAUUGAUCGACUAAUUAAAGAAUUGAUUAAACCA